UGCAGAGCGACACUGACGCUCGCAGCAGCAGGAGGCGGGUCAUGCGUAAGGCUACGUCAGCUUUCCACAUCGUAUCUACGCUCAGUACCACCAGCCUGUCUAGAAUCUACGUGGCUCUCACUCCUUCGAUUUUCCAAUCAUCAAGCACGACCUCAGAAUUGAAACACCAUGGAUCAGGUAAUGCAGUUUGUGGAGCCCAGCCGGCAGUUCGUCAAGGACUCCAUACGCCUCGUAAAGAGGUGCACGAAACCUGACAGAAAGGAAUUCCAGAAGAUUGCGAUGGCCACAGCGAUUGGGUUUGCCAUUAUGGGGUUCAUUGGUUUCUUCGUCAAACUCAUCCACAUCCCCAUCAACAACAUCAUUGUUGGUGGUUGAAUACUGGUCAAGAAAAGUACAAACUCAAAUACCCGUGAGCUGACAGUGAUGCAACGUGUUCGGAUUGUGGAGCGAAGGGAUGGCAUUUUUACAUUGUUUUUGCAAGAUUUAUAUUUCAACGUGUAAAUAAACAGAAAUCCAUCAGC